AUGCGCGAAAGUCUUCGCCGGCUGGCGUCAGACGAAGGCACCAGUAUGGUGGGACUGCGCAGGACUGGCACGGGACGAGUUCGCGUUGAGCUGUUUAAUGGGGAACAUAUUACAAUAGAUAUUGAGCGUAAAGCUAGUGGUGCUGAUCUCCUGGACAAGGUGUGCGAUACCCUGGAUAUUUUGGAGAAGGAUUUCUUUGGACUGUUGCACGCACAGCGCGGUGAUCCGCGAGUGUGGGUCGACCUGGGACGACGACUUUCGAAGACCUUUAGAAAUGAGCCGUGGGACGUUCGUUUAGCUGUAAAGUUCUAUCCCCCGGAGCCAUCUGAGUUAUACGAUGACAUCACACGAUAUCAACUCAGCCUUGCAGUAAGGCGGGACCUUAUGGAAGGCCGUCUCGUCUGCUCCCAUAUAACGUAUGCUCUCCUUGCGUCAUACGUAUUACAAGCGGAGUUGGGGGACAAGCAAGGGGCGGUUAGCACUAGCACAUUAUGCGAACACAAUGCGAUACCGUUUCACGUUCUUAACGAGAGACAGCAAGAUAAUAUAGAACAGCUGUAUGCUAAGCAUAGAGGCCAAACUCCAGCGGAUGCAGAACUGAGUUACUUAGAAAACGCAAAACGAUUGCCUUUAUACGGCGCUGAAGUCCAUAAAGCGAAGGACUCUGAAGAUGUCGAUAUUAAUAUAGCUGUAUCGGCCGCUGGGAUCACAGUAUUGAGAGAUGGAGUGAUAAUGAAUCGUUUCCCAUGGACCAAAAUCCUUAAAAUCAGCUACAAUAAACGUUCAUAUACGCUACGUUUGCGUCCCAGUGAGUUUGACGAGUUCGAAACACACUUGACUUUUAAACUACCCUCAUCCACUGCGAGCAAACGAUUGUGGAGAUGUAGCGUGGAACAUCAUAUGUUUUUUCGCCGAGAAAUUCCAGUAAAAGUUGAGCGUAUUAACGGCUUCCCACGGCUCGGGUCGAGACGUCUGUCCUGUCGCAGGACGCUGAGGCAAAUGCGUUCUGAAAUUCAUGCACCCGCGCUUCUACCCGCAUGA